AUGGACACUGGUGAACCAACGCUAAGUAUACCAGAUCUCAUCUAUGAGUACCACAAGGUUCAGCCGUCAACUCCUGAGGAGUUUGAAGUACAGUCUGCGAAUUUACGGGAAUUGAUGGAUGCACGUGCAAUGACUAGAGAGACAGUAGCAGAUGGUAUUGAGCGAUUGAUGGAUUUAAACCCCCUUCCUGCUCUUUUUUACUGCACCUUAGUGAUUGUGUAUAAAAAGUAUCCGUCGUUGGACAGCUUUCUUGGGAACAUUGUGCAGAAGGUAAUCGCCAAGGAUCUCUCAUCCCGUGACGAAAUCACGAAAAAGGCAUUUUAUCGAGCCCUCAACAAUCUCAAAACGGUGGCCUAUUCGGCAAUCUUGACAAAGUUCAAUAUGGAGGAAUUUGAAGAGUUCCUCAGCCACAGUAAUCGAGCUGAGACAUUGUCUGCGCUCAAAGAGUUCCUCCCUACAUUGUCUACUCAUCAGCAAAAGAAUAUCAGCCCAGAUAUAAUUGAUAUGAUCAAAGACAAAGAUGAAAAGAAGGAUAAGACAAAGGAUGAUAAAGAUCGUGAAAGAGAUAAGGAGCGUAUACGUUUGGAUCGACGUGAUCGUGACAGGGAACGAGAAAGA